GCUCACGCUCAAUAAAAAAGAUAUUCAUCCUAGAAUUUCUCGUUGGGCUCUAGAACUCCAAAAUUAUGAUUACGAAGUGGUGCAUAGGGCAGGUACUCAAAUGCAACAUGUUGAUGCUCUUAGUAGAGUUACAAGCAUUAUGGUAGUCGAAGACAAUUCUCUAGAAUUUAAUUUAGCAGCAUGCCAAAAUGAAGACCCCGUCAUUAAAGAGUUAAAAACUACCUUAGAAAAAACAGAAAGUAAACGCGAAGGCUUAUUACAUAGCAUUGAUAAAGGCACAUUACCUUUUGAUGUGAUACACAUAGAUCAUUACGGACCGGUUGAUAAACGACAUAAAAUUAAGCAAUAUAUUCUUACUGUUAUUGACGGUUUUACUAAGUACGUUAAAUUGUAUGCAACCAAGACUACUUCAAGUGCAGAGGAAUUCCAAAACUUCUUGAAAGAUCAUAAUAUAAAACAUGUAUUAGUUGCUACAGGAUCACCCCAAGCUAAUGGACAGGUAGAGCGAGUCCACCGUACACUUACGCCUAUGUUAGCAAAACUUACCGAAAACAGAGAUGGCAAAUAUUGGUAUCACGUAUUGUCCGAUGUAGAAUUUACAUUUAAUAAUACUGCGAAUAAAAGUACAGGAGAAGCACCUA